ACGCGACUACGACUCCCCUCGGUUGCCUUGAAGUAGAUGUUGCCGCGCUCAGAAAUUCGUUCACGCAUCAACUGGAGAACCAAGUUCUUGCUUUCUCGUUCUCCUUUCGGCCAACUCAAUUAUUAGCCCGAAGUGCGGUUUCGGUCACGUACAUGUCGAACCUGAUGUUUCGGCUUAGCACGGAGCCGCCAAUUAAUCGCAUUUAUCCUCGUCGUGACCCAUACCUAUGGACAGGGUCACUAAGAAUGUCCCUCAAUCAAGGCGAUACCGCUUCCUAUCUAGCAGUAGCCGAACUAAUGUCAUCCACCAUCAAUCGUAUUGACACACUAGCAGAAAGGAGCUUGGAGACUUACGAGUUACGGAAAGAAGCAAGUAAUAUUCUUCAACGCAUGAACAGGACCUGGCCGAUCAGAAUAGGCGAUAUCCAGCUCUGGAGAUAUGAGACGAUUGGUGCAAACAACAAACCACAGAUAGCAUGGACUCUUGCGCGCUACCUCCAAGAGGCCUCCAAUGAAAGGUACUUUUCGGCGCUACAUGAUACAUUGCGCUCCUACAUGGUCGAUCUUCGACCCUCAACUUUCGACAUACUUGAUACUCCGAAAUUUGACAAUUACGGUAAAACACACAAAGUCUUUUCUAACAUGGCAUAUGUGGACACGGAAAAUGAAAGUGAGCUCUGGAGGACACUCCCGAUGACCAAGCUCGAUCUCAAUACACAAACCCAGGUCUCACUUGAAAGUAGAAAUGUGGUUAAGUCCAUUGAAGACUUUGACUGAACAUGAUAAAGUAGCCUCGGUCUAAGAGAUCGCUCCGCAAAGUUGCAGUUUCGUUAGGAAAAACCUUGUAGGAUGAUACCUGUGCGAAGGGGGUCGCAUUACAUUGGAUUUAGUGAUCAAAGAA